CGAAAUAUUCCGAGUUACUUAACUAUUUAUCCAUUGGCUCGCCCGCUACGCCUUUGUUAGAGAUAUCAGCUAUCCACCACAUGUACAAACCCUAAGCUCAAGAAACCCUAAAACGAUUAACCAUGUCGCACUUUGGAAGAGCAGGUCCGCCGGAUAUCAGAGAUACCUAUUCACUCCUCGUCCUCAACAUCACCUUUCGUACAACUGCCGAUGAUUUGUUCCCUCUUUUUGAUAAGUAUGGAAAGGUUGUUGAUGUUUUCAUCCCUAGAGAUCGCAGGACUGGGGAUUCGCGAGGCUUUGCCUUUGUUCGAUAUAAGUAUGCAGAUGAAGCCCAGAAGGCAGUGGACAAGCUUGAUGGAAGAGUUGUUGAUGGUAGAGAGAUAAUGGUUCAAUUCGCCAAAUAUGGGCCUGAUGCUGAACGAAUUCAUAAGGGAAGAAUACUAGAACCAGCUGAGAAGCUGAAGGGAAGAUCAAGGAGCCGAAGUCCAAGACCAAGUUCAAGGCAUAGAGAUGACUACAAGGACAGAAGAAGAAACCGUAGUAGAAGCAGAGACAGAUCUGAACGCGAGAGGCAUCGAGGAAGAGAUCAUUACAGAAGCCGAAGCCGAAGCAGAAGCAGAAGCAGAAGCCCUGAAUAUCGAAAAGAACGCAGCAGAAGAGGAAGAUAUGAAGAUGAAAAGGGUAGAAGUAGAAGUCGAUCUCCUAUCAGAAGCAGAUCUCCUAUCAGAAGUGCUUCCCCUGCCCGAUCACCUGCCCGAAAUAGCAUGAGCCCUAGAAGGAGUAGGAGUGCAUCUCCAAGAAGAACACCUUCAAGGAGUAGAAGUCCAGCAAGGCGUGUUGAGAAAGAUCGGUCACCUACUCCAAAAAGUGUUGGGAAAGCUGACUCAAGAAGCCCAUCACCACAUCGUUCUGAUGCUGAUGAAUGA